AUUAAGAAAGGACCGAAAGGAGGAGGCAGUGAGAUCCGAUGUUAUGGCAUCUGAAAGGGAAUAUAGAUGGACUGUUUGUGCAGUGAUUGUGCUUUUGAUAGCUAUGUGUGCAGCUCAUAUGACAGAUCGACCUGCCUGUGAGUGUCAUUUACCGUCACACAAAUAUUGUAUCUUUCUGACAGAUAUUAAAUAUAAAACACAUUUCCUAACGCCGUGGUUACUUUUUGUUUCGCUAUACUAGUUAUCUCACCCAGCUAACCAGCUAGCACCACUAUUAGCUGUUUUUAGCCUAUGCUAACUGUUCUUUAUAUUUAAAAUAUUUGAGCAUCUUCUUACUGUGUUUUACCUAACGUUAAAUUUAUAACUUAUCUGUUUAUAAUCAAAAUUAUAUACAUAUUUUUCUGUCUGUUAGACUCAUUAUUUAUCUUAGCCUUUUAUAUUCUUGCUUUAUCAAAUCUAUAAAAUACGAUGCUCGUAUGUAUACAGCCACAACAGAUACAUUUAGGGGUUCAUGGAUUCAAAUUUCCCUCGUUUGGCAGAUCUGGGCAGUUUUAUGAUGCUUCUUGUGAGGCAGAUUAGUGCAAGCAUGUGACUGCAGGAGGUACAGAGUCACUAUUGUAAAACUGCAGUAGUAGAGUGCACCAAAGCAGCUGACCAUUUAGUUUCAUUAGGAAACCUACAGUUAGGUUGAAUUGAAUUAGAGGCAACUGAAGUCUACAGUGCCUCUCACCCCCACCGCAAAACUUCUGUGCUGAAGAUGGAUGAGGCGUCCCUUUCGGUUACCAAUGAGAUCGAAAAUAACAUGACGUUAUAUAUGGUUUCUGAUCACUGUUACAAGUGUUUGCCCCAGCUGUUGGGAAUGAUACCUGCAAGGCCAGCUUCUGGGACCCCCACUACAGUGGGUUUUGUUGUAGGCACACAACACGCACUGACACUGCAGCUCAACAGCACCUCUGCAAACUUGGACCAAUGCAAUGUUAGCUUCCACUUUGGGGAGCAGGGGAACUAUUCUCUGUGGGUGAAGAACCUGAAUGAGCUGUCACAGAUCAGCUGCUCUUUGAUCACUGAUUCUGAGCCCAUUAACAGCUACCUGCCUAUUUUGUUUGCUUUUCUGGUAUUUGCUCUUCUGGCUGCAUUGUCUGCUAUCUGGAACACAGUUAAAAGACUGGAUGUGGUGACAAAUCUACUUCUUCGCUUGGGGAGCACAGUGGAGACAGAGAGGCUGAUAAACUCGGAGCUUGGCACUCCAAACAGAUUGGUAGAUGCCUCUAUGGAAUCAAUAAUUCCUGCCACUACAGGACGGAGGCUUCGUUCUUUGGAUACUUUCCGUGGCCUUGCCCUGGUCAUUAUGGUGUUUGUCAACUACGGAGGUGGACGUUACUGGUUCUUUAGGCAUGAAAGUUGGAAUGGGCUCACAGUGGCUGAUCUCGUGUUUCCUUGGUUCGUGUUUAUUAUGGGUACUUCUAUUGGUUUGUCCCUGAGCGGUUCAUUGCGCAGAGGUGUCAAACGCACUCAUCUGCUGUGGAAGAUUUUCUGGAGGAGCUUACAACUAUUUCUUAUCGGAGUCAUCAUCGUCAAUCCUAACUACUGCCAAGGACCCUUGUCUUGGGAUACUCUGCGUAUUCCUGGGGUAUUACAGCGUCUGGGCUUCACGUAUCUCGUUGUCACUAUCUUGGAUCUUGUGGUGGCCCAGGACCGACUUACCAACUUGUCAAGUGAAACAUGCUGGUAUUCGGUGCAUGAUGUCUGCCUCUACUGGCCCGCAUGGCUGUUUGUGAUUGCUUUAGAGGCAAUAUGGUUGUGUUUGACCUUCCUCCUCCCAGUCCCAGACUGCCCAACUGGUUAUUUGGGUCCAGGGGGCAUUGGUGACUUUGGCCAGUACCAAAACUGCACCGGUGGAGCUGCAGGUUACAUCGAUCGCUGGCUGCUGGGAAAUAACCAUAUUUACCAGACCCCUUCAUCACGGGUUGUAUACCAGUCUGUGAUGUCCUUUGACCCUGAGGGUGUUUUGGGAAGCAUCAACUCUAUAUUGAUGGCAUUUUUGGGUCUUCAGGCAGGGAAAAUUCUGCUGCAUUACAGAGACCAACACGGGCAAAUAAUCACACGAUUUCUCAUUUGGGGAUUCAUACUGGGAAUCAUCUCAGCUGUAUUGACCAAGUGCUCCAGAAAUGAUGGCUUUAUCCCGGUCAACAAAAACUUGUGGUCUUUGUCCUAUGUUACAACUCUUAGCUGUUUUGCUUUUGUGGCUCUGGUGGUUUUUUACUACUUGGUGGAUGUAAAGAGGUGGUGGUCUGGAGCUCCCUUCUUCUACCCUGGUAUGAAUUCCAUUUUGGUGUAUGUGGGUCAUGAAGUGUUUGAGGAAUACUUCCCUUUUCGUUGGAAAAUGGCCAAUAGCCAAUCACACGCAGAGCACCUGGCACAGAACCUCGUGGCCACCUCCAUAUGGGUGGUCAUAGCCUAUCUGCUCUACAGGAAGAAGAUCUUCUGGAAGAUUUGAAAGUGUAUCUCUGUCCUGCAAAUUUUAGGAGCUGCUCUUCAUUGUCAAUGAGAUUAUUUGGAUAUUUUUAGUUGUAGAAAAUCAACAGAUCUCAGAACAUCUGUGCAGAGACUAAAACUCACACAUGAUCCAGGAAUAGAACUUGGUUAUUAUUUGAGAAGAGCAGAAAGAAGAAAAAAAAGAAGAGCAUGUGACUGUGCCAAGAUACCUUUGUGGACUCAACAAAGCCCUCAGAAUGAAUGCCAAAAUGCCAAGGCCAGAUUCUGCUCAAAUUGAAUUCAAUCAACUCGUUUGGGUUAAUGAAUGACAUUUUGAAGCUCAAUGAUGGAUUAUGAUUGAUUAUGGAAUUUCCUAAAUUAUGAUAUGAAAGAAUUCUGAAAGUCUCUGGACCAAUUUAGAUUUAAUUAACGUAUUGAUGUAUGCAAUUAUGAAACUAAAAGCAAAUGAGAAGGGGAAGAGAACCCCAGACUACCAAAAAAAUAGAAGGUCUUCCAUUAAGGUCUACAAAACAUGCUGAAACAUCCAGUCUUGUCCAGGCAGAAUAAUAUUACACAAUUUUAUGUUUAAGUUUUAAUGUAAUAAAUGCUAGGAUUGGGUUGUUUUACUUUUUAUUUUCAGUGGACUUUGUCUUUGCUUCUGUGGAUUUAUUCUUUAUAUCUUAAGAUGAAAGUAUUACAGUUAAAAGGAUGUAUGUUAGUGAGAGAAAAAGAGUGUAUGUUCUACCUUCUCAAAAACUCAGGAGAUUUGCACAACUUGGAGUGCCAAAUGUAGUGUACUUUAUGGUUUCUGUGAUCAAACCGUGCCCUUGUUUAUUACAGUUUACCAAUGACUUGUUACCUCUGCCACAAAUCAAAUUAUAGAGAAAAAAACAACAACAAAAAAACACUGAUCACUGACAUAUUUCCCAUACACAUUGCUGCUUGAAAAAAAAAAAAUUGUUCCAAGAGAAGGGAAAAUAUUGAUCUAUCAUAUCUGUUGCCAGCACGCAAAAUCAAUUCCGUCUUUGUAAUGGAUAUUUUAUACAUGUAUGAACUAUGUUUCCUCAUGUAUAUCUUUAUUUUAUACUUAUCAACAUGGGAUGUGGUAAAAAUAAAAGUUUUUUUUUUACCAUUAAACCUUGUUUGUUUGUUUGUUUUAACACAUUGAUGAGGUGAUCAUGGGACCAGGUGUGCGGUCUUUGUGUCAUUAGUAUAUGGUACCUAAAAUAUGAAUCUGUUUGUGGGAGGUGAGAAGAACAAGUUGCUAAAUAAGGACUAUAACUCCACAGUUGCAUGCUCGCUGAAUGCACUUUUGUACAAAACAUCAAAACUAAUCACAUUAUACUCAAAAAUUGAAAACCACUAAUCCAGUGGUUUUCAAACUUGUUCCUGGGGACCCACAGCUCU